AUGGAAAUUCCGAUUCUAGUACUUCUUAGUAUGCUCAUAGCCUGCAACAGUUGGCUCACAGUUGGUGCACGGCAUCAAUAUCAAUGGACAGUUCAAUAUGCUAAGACUAAUCCCGAUGGAUAUUUCCGAACUGUAAUUGGGAUCGAUGAUGGUACCAAGUGGCAAUUUCCUGGGCCGGUUGUUCGUGUAGCUAAAGGAGAAUGGGUUACCGUCUUACUUCACAAUGGACUGCCUACAGAAGCUACUUCAAUCCAUUGGCAUGGUCAACACCAACGCGAAACACCAUGGAUGGAUGGCGUGCAGCAAAUAACUCAAUAUCCUAUUUUGCCUACGAAGAUAUUUAACUAUACGUUCCAUGCUGACAUAUCUGGUACCCAUUGGUAUCACUCUCAUACAGGGGGACAAUACACAGAUGGGCUGUUCGGCGCCUUGAUUGUUGACGAUCCUAAUGAUCCUUACAGGGAUUUACCGGAAAAUAUCGUAUUUAUUAAUGAAUGGUAUCAUCAAACAGUCAUUGAUACGUUUGACAUUUUUACUGAGUAUCAACCGACGGGACACUUUUAUAAUCCUCUGGUAGACUUUGUCUCAGGUCUAUUCAAUGGGAAAGGUCGAUAUAAUUGCUCGCUCUUAACUUCUUUUGACAAUAACACGUGCAUCCCAGAUUCACCCUACGAGCGAUUCGUCGUUGAAUACAAUCAAACUUAUCGAUUCAGAUUCAUUUCAGCCGGGUCUCAAUUCACUUAUAUACUCUCCGUUGAUCAACACAAUCUCACGGUCGUUGCAAUCGAUGGGAAUUAUGUACAACCACACACUACUCAACAGCUAGUCAUUGAAAUAGGUCAACGCUACGAUGUGCUUGUACAUAUGAACCAACCACCGGAUAAUUACUGGAUUCGAGCAGUUACUGAACGAACCUUGAAUGAAUUCAAUGCUAUAUUGCAAUAUUCGACGGCUUCAAAUAAUAGUGAACCAAAAUAUAGUUGGAAUUUAACAACCGGUACCAUAUUACUCGAUUCAAAGCCACUUAUUCCAACUAAUGUCAAUACAUUCUCUCUUCGUCCACCAAAUUUCACAAAAACAGUCUUUUUAAAUAUAACCUGCCAUGAACCUGUUAUUGAUAAGUGUUUUGUGAAUGAAAAACAGCUACGUCUGCCCAGCAUUCCUACUCUUUUAACAAUGUUUCAAAACCAAGUGGCACCUUACAACACCACAAAUAUUUUCGAUUUGGCUUACGGUGAUAACGUGCUUGUCAUUAUCAAUAAUUUUAUUAACGGUAGUCAUCCGAUGCAUUUACAUGGACACGAUUUUUAUGUCCUUGCUGCGGGACCUACAAGCCAAACGAGUAUAAUAAAUUUCAAUGAGGAACGCGAUGCCGGAAGUUUUAACAAAGAAAAUCCACCUCGUCGGGACACUAUUUCACUGCCACGACAAUCAUGGCUCGCUAUAGGAUUUGUAGCCGACAAUCCGGGAAGUUGGUUUUUUCACUGCCAUAUUGCAUUUGACAUGGAAGCUGGUAUGGGCAUCAUUUUUAACGUUAACAAUGGCACAAUUGUGCCUCCACCUUUUGACUUUCCUCUUGUAUCCAACAUUGGUCAACAAACAACUCUUAAUCCAAUGAAAUCAAUGGCAACGAAACGGUGUGAAUAUUGGAUGAUGGUGUUAUCUAUGUGUACGUUGUCAUGCAUCGUGCUCAACAUUCGAUGGCCAUAG